AGACUCGCAGGGGUAGGGCACAACCCUCCAAAAAGCCUGCCAUGCAUAUGUUGCACACCCAGGAGGAGCAGUGGCAGAAUGACAUUCCACAGGAGGAGGUAGCCCUGCAUGACACAAGCGAAACAUAGACAUAGAAACAUAGAAAAUAGGUGCAGUAGGCCAUUCGGCCCUUCGAGCCUGCACCGCCAUUCAAUAUGAUCAUGGCUGAUCAUCCAACUCAGUAUCCUGUACCUGCCUUCUCUCCAUACCCCCUGAUCCCUUUAGCCACAAGGGCCACAUGUAACACCCUCUUAAAUAUAGACAAUGGACUGGCCUCAACUACUUUCUGUGGCAGAGAAUUCCACAGAUUGACCUCUCUCUGUGUGAAAGGGCUGCUGCUGACAGCAGUAGAUGUACGUUUAGUAACAUCCACCUAACUUGUUCCUUCCCUGCUAUCAUGGUUCAGAAUGAUUUAAAAAAAUACCUGGGAGGCUUUUAUUGUAAGAAAAAAAAACAUUCAUGACAUCAUUUUAUCUCGUGAUCAACUGAGCUGUAACCAGUCGACGCUGGUCAUUGUUGGUUUUUAGUUUGGUUGUAUGAGGUUGAAGGGGGUAUUGUUCAAUAGCGGACCGAUUUAACGAAGACAGUUCUCAAAUUAGUCGAAGGAGGUUGCUGUCGGUCAACAAAAUAGAGAGAAUACAGAGGAGAUUUACUAGAAUGUUGCCUGGGUUUCAGCACCUAAGUUACAGAGAAAGGUUGAACAAGUUAGGUCUUUAUUCUUUGGAGCGCAGAAGGUUAAGGGGGGGGACUUGAUAGAGGUCUUUAAAAUAAUGAGAGGGAUAGACAGAGUUGACGUGGAUAAGCUUUUCCCAUUGAGAGUAGGGAAGAUUCAAAUAAGAGGACAUGACUUGAGAAUUAAGGGACAGAAGUUUAGGGGUAACAUGAGGGGGAACUUCUUUACUCAGAGAGUGGUAGCGGUGUGGAAUGAGCUUCCAGUGGAAGUGGUGGAGGCAGGUUUGAUUUUAUCAUUUAAAAAUAAAUUGGAUAGGUAUAUGGACGGGAAAGGAAUGGAGGGUUAUGGUCUGAAUGCAGGUAGAUGGGACGAGGGGAAAAUAAGUGUUCGGCAUGGACUUGAAGGGCCGAGAUGGCCUGUUUUCCAUGCUGUAAUUGUUAUAUGGUUAUAGGUCGAGGGAGGUUUUCUUCAUAGUCGUGGAAGGUUUUCAACGUAUGCGUGGGAGGUGGUAGGCGGUUGCAGGUCACCUCAAACUUGAUCUUUUUUGAGUGGGGCGCAAGGUCACCAGAGGUUUCCGUUCAGGUUUCCUAAGUGGGACACGGGCAUUGGGAGGAACUCUUCCAUUAAGGAAAGAAACAUUAUCAUUAGAUAGAAAAACAUAUUUCGUGAGGCCACUCUUCUGGACCAAUCACAAGUACCAGCAGGAAGGUACUGCAACAUAAUUGGGAUGUAACGUUUCCCCCAACCAAUCCCAGUCAUGCCUUUAGCAUCAGGGCACAGCUCCAUCUGCAGAAUCCCAGACAUAUUGGCAACUUGCAGGCCAUGUGAACAGAAACCUCUCUGUAACCCCUUCCCAUGCUUCGGAAACUCCCUGGAGCCAUUUAUGUCACAUGGUUCUGCAACUCCUUGCAAAUUAUGUCAAGCAGGUUUCACAGACCUUUUCACAGACAUCUUCCAUUUUCCCCAAGUACCCGAACCCUACAUAUUCACAGUGGGUCUAGUGUAGCAGGAACAUGUUUGCCAGUGUGGGCAGGUUAUAGAAACAUAGAAAAUGGGUGCAGGAGGAGGCCAUUCAGCCUUUCAAGCCAGCACCGCCAUUCAAUGUGAUCAUGGCUGAUCGUCUCCUAUCAAUAACCCGUGCCUGCCUUCUCCCCAUAUCCCUUGACUCCACUAGCCCCUUGAGCUCUAUCUAACUCUCUCUUAAAUCCAUCUAGUGACAUGGCUUCCACUGCCCUCUGUGGCAGGGAAUUCCAUAAAUUCACAACUCUCUGGGUGAAAACGUUUUUUCUCACCUCAGUCUUAAAUGACCUCCCCUUUAUUCUAAGACUGUGGCCCCUGGUUCUGGACUCGCCCAACAUUGGGAACAAUUUUCCUGCAUCUAGCUUGUCCAGUCCAGUUAUAAUUUUAUAUGUUUCUAUAAGAUCCCCCUCAUCCUUAUAAACUCCAGUGAAGCCUAGUCUUUUCAAUCUGUCCUCAUAUGACAGUCCCGCCAUCCCAGGGAUCAAUCUCGUGAACCUAUGCUGCACUGCCUCAAUCACAAGGAUGUCCUUCCUCAAAUUAGGAGACCAAAACUGUACACAAUACUCCAGAUGUGGACCUAUUGCAGGCAUUUGCGAUUAAUGCAGAUGGUCAAAAAGCUGGAAUGAAAUAUGAUGUGGCAAUACCAAACAUAAACCCAAACCUUGAUGUGGUGGUUGAAGGCUACAUUUUAGUGCUCCGUAUCACUGACUCUAAAUCGGAGGUUGGUGAUGCUCCUGGGGUGGUGGGUGUGGCUGGAGGAACCAGUCUGAGUGAACGUUGCUCUCUUUUACUUUAACACUGAUCAUCAUCCUGUCCCUCAGCUGCAGUUUCCACAGCCACCACAGCCUCCACAGACUCCACAGACUCCGCAGACUCCGCAGCCAGUGAUCCGUGUAAAAUCCACACUGUCCUGGAUCAGCACUGGAGGAACUCGGAUUGUAAUGGAACUUUGUGCAGUGGCCGAUGGAUGGAUGAUAGAAAUCUGGAGGAAGGGUGGUACAGAUUCAGCAGUUACGACAAUGUGACGAUUCCUGAGAGUGUGGUUCCAUACUAUCGCUGCUCUGGGUGGAGUCCAGGCUGGUUAAAUGGUUCCCAUCCCAGUGGAGACGGGGAGGUGACCAGGACAGUCUGUUUCCACCCGGUUAAUCGCUACGGCAAUGAUGACACCUGCCUCACGCAUCAGGAGAUCAAAAUCAAAAACUGUGGUGAUUAUUUUGUGUAUUUUCUGAAGCCGACAUCUGGGAAUUACAGUGUGUAUUGUGCAGACUCCAUACACAGUGACCCAUGUGUAAAUCACACCGUCCUGGAUCAGCCCUGGAGGAGCACGGAUUGUUCCGACACUCAGUCCACAAAUGGCGAAAUGAAGUCUGAUAAAAACCUUGCAAAAGGAUGGUACAGAUUCUACAGUUUUGGCGGAUGGAGGAUUCCGGAGACGACUGUUCCAGCGAAUCACUGCUCUGGGAAGAACGCAGGCUGGUUAAACGGUUCCCAUCCAAGCGUAAACGAGGGGGAGGUGACCAGGACAGUAUGUUUCAAAGAGGCUGCAAACCCCGCGAAUGAAACCGCCAGGAUUGCAAAAAUGUAA